GUCAUUUGAACUAAUAUUUUGUGCUGUCAAAAAUAAAUCCUAAGGUUUUUAAAAGAAUUUAAAAAAAUAUAAACUACUUAAAAUUUACCGAUAUAUUUACGAAUGCAAGUUAUUAAAAUCUUAAACAAUUCAGUAUAGUGGAGAAGUGCAAAGAGUUGUAUUAACGUUAUUCAUAAAGUUUAGUUCGCGCCUCGACAAUAACAGGGAACCGGCAGCCAUGUUGUAAUUCUUGUCAAGCAUCAUGGGUUAAUAGUUAAGAGUAUGCUGGCAAUAAAUUGCUAAAAAAAUUGUUGUGAAAAUAUGCGAGACAGUAAAUUUUGUGUAUAAACUUAGCAGCUUUUAAACGGUAGUUAAAGUGAAUCGUCUAGUGACCGCGAAAGUAAUGUUUCUGCGCAUUUUUACGGUCAGAGUGCAAUGUCGUGCUAGCUAGCGCAGGGAGUCGUCUACUGCCUGGCCAACGACUGCCAGCUUCCAGCAUCCCCAAUUGCGGGAGGUGAGUAAACGGACGUCGGGACCGUUGUUCUAACGUCUUGGGGUCGCGUCCGGUGCCGGUUUCAGCGAUAUGACACGUGCGGAGUAGUAAACAAGGAAUUUGGGCAAUAAUGGCCAACUUUCUAGGCAAGGAUCAGGCCACGUACGCGAAGGAACGCGAAGUCUUCCUUCGGGACUUGCAACAUUUUCAUGAGAUUCGAGGGACGCCAUUCAAGCGGGCCCCUACUCUCGGUGGCAAGGAGGUCGACUUAUACCUCCUUUAUACCCUGGUAACUUCGCAAGGAGGUUGGCUUAGGGUUAACUCGAAGAAUACGUGGUCUGAACUUUUGCCGGUAUUUAAACUACCUGCGUCUUGUGUCAAUGGAAGCAUUGCUCUGAAACAAAUCUACUUAAGAUAUUUGGAUCGGUGGGAGAAAGUUCAUUUUCUUCACGAAGAUGCCGACCGAACCAGUGACGACGACGAAGAAAGUAGGCAUAAGCGAUGGUCCGCAAGGACUUUGCAUUCCGUACCUUGUAGCUACAAUUAUGCUCAGCAUAACGUAACAGAUGCCAAUCGAGAACACAACCACUUGUCAACUAAUCUGUACAAACAAUCAGACUACGACCGCUUGUCUUUGUCCCUCAUUUCUCCCUUGCCCAACGAACAAGAUUUUGCCAUUAAUGUCUGUACAUUACUCUCUAAUGAUGGAAAGCAUACGCUGAAACUCGAAAAGCACCCAAGAUUAAUCAACCAGUUACUUGGUCAUGCUGGUGUAUUCAAUCAUAACUCCACACGACAACUGUUCACUCACUUCUACAACGUCAUAAGAAAGAAACCCAUCCACAACUUCUGGAAAGAUGUGCUCGAAUCGCAAGAAUAUCUGGAUCUGACAAACGAAACAAAAUUCAAAGCUGUAGAAGCUGAGACACCUUCAAGAACGGAACCGCCGAUUGCUGGCCAGGACGAAGAAGCUGCUGCCAUUAUCGCCCUAAACAUUUCGGGACAAUCAGAAGAACUUUCUGAAGAAAAUGCAGACAGCGUGGAUGGUGAGAUAAUCGAAGAGAAUUGUGAUAGUUUUAAAUUAAAAUUGACUCCGGACGAUAGUGAAUUGUUUUGUUUGAAACGUUCGUUAGGAACACAGGACUAUGUGGGUCAGAGGGUACUACAAAUCGCUACCAUCCUAAGAAAUCUUAGUUUUAUUGAAGAGAACGUUCCGAUUCUAGUGAAAAACACUUCGUUUAUAAGAUUCUUACUAUUAUGCAGUAUUUCCCGUUGGAAUGUGCUAAGCAAUCUAGGAAUGGAUAUGCUUUGUAAUAUUUCCUCGGAAUUCAUCAUCAGAGACUUGAACAGUGAUCUGCUAGCUACUAAAUUGCUGAAAGUUGUGAACCACGGUUUGAAAAGCGAAGACAGGGCUGCGUGUCUAACGUCCCUCGAAGUAUUGAACAAAUUAAGCCAGAACGAACAGAAUGAGGACGUGAUGCAGAGGUUAUUACAGAAACACGUCUACAAACAUGUGUGUUCCUUCCUCACGCUCCAUGACGUAAUGUUGUUGAUCUACACCUUGGAAUGUCUGUAUUCGUUGUCGUCACUAGGAGAGAAAUCUUGUAACUAUAUCAUUAUUAAUCAUGGUGUGAUCGACACGUUAGUAUCUUUAAUUACUGUCGAAGGUAAAAGUUAUGGACCUAAGGCGUGCAUUGGGAUGAAAUUGGUGGAGACUUUGCCUAGCGGAAGUGCUCAGCAAACACAGGUUCAAACACCAGUUCAAACAACGCCAACCACCCAAAACCAGUCAGUUUCAGUGACCAGCACAACGGUUACAGUAGUCAGUACCGCCAGCUCGAUGUUAACCUCGAUUAACUCCAAUAAUACAAAUCUAACACCUGUAACGACGUGCAUAACUACUCCGAUAGUCAAUAGCAGUCCGACGCCUAAAUCAGCACCCAGUACACCUGUCAGGCAGGUUCCCAUAGUACCGCAACGGUUGAUGCCAAUAAAUCCACCACCAGUAACAACAACACCACCGCCGACUUCAUCUGUAAUCCAUUCUACAUCUACUACAAUGACACCACUUCAAAUGAUCCAACAGCAACAUGCUCAUCAACAAGCUAUCCAUGAAAAUGAACAGUUCGCAUUGGCAUGGCUGAGGGCUACGUACGAACCUUGUGUCGCAGGCAAAGUAGACCAUCAAGAAUUGUACAGACAUUACUUGAAUUCCUGUUCAGCCAUCGGAAGGAAGGGAGUGAUUUCCCCACUGCAUUUUCCAAGAUGUGUACGAUCUAUUUUUGGCGGCACCGUGGGCCCGAAUCCGAUGAAGCCGACAAACGCGACCGAUCCACAGUACUACGACGGUAUCAAGGUGCGAGACAAACCCCUCAUAAUUAAUCUUCCUCCCUCCUCAAUACCCCAAACCAAAACUUUGACAAUCCCAACUCCUACUAAAACUCCACUGGUGCGCCGAAAAUCUUCGGUACAACCCGUACAAAUAACGCCUGCGCAGGGACAGGCCAAUACUCUGACGGUCAUAGCUGACAAUAACCAGGCGGCGGAAGCCGGUAUGGCUUCUUCUCCCGCCUCGCCCAUUCUUAAGGCGCAACUUAGCGCACCGCCUAAACAAAAGGACUCUUCACCUGUAUCGAACAAAGGCGAUAUGAAAAGUCAGGCUAUGGCUCACCCACAUCUUAGUCAAGCUCUCCUGGGCGCGACAGCAGCUUCUACAUCUACUGCCACAACUACGAUAACGGUAUCAAGCGGAGGGAGCAGUAAAGACCACCAGACGAUGUCGACGUCGACGGCAGCAGGUCAGACAAGUAACACAUCGCUUAUUAAAAGCCUUCUGGCGACAAAGGUAAACGAUUGCAUGUCAACAGUGAGCAUGAGGACUGCAACAGACUGUCAAAAUGUAGCUCAGGUAGCUGCCCGACAACAACGACUUCUAGCUCAGCAAGGUCAGCACAGUCUAGAUAAGACGUCCAUGAAGGAAUCACCAAAGAACGUUCGACUGAACGGUGUUAGACAACUGUUUACGGAUGCCGAAAUCGGGGAUCCUUCGGUGUCGUCGACUACACAGUUCACGGAUCUGACGAAAGGCAAGAAAGAACCACCCCAGCCACCACCUCCGCCUCUGGCUCCUCUAAGUAACAACCUGAAGGGAGGUAGGACGCAGAGGAUCGACAAUGAAGACAGCGAUUCUCUGGGAAACCACUCUCUGGCGUCCAGUUCAGGAAUAGGAACUGUAGGUAUAGGAGGUGUCUCUUCAACCGAAGACGGCGACAACUCCUUGACGAGUUUUGAAGGUCUACUUAACGGCGUGCCCAACUUGGACAACCCCGCGAACGACGAUAGUAAUUCCAAAGAUUCUGUAAAAAAUGUUGCUAGUGAGAUAUCUAUUAAUAAACCCCUUAGGUUAGCUGACCUUUUAGAGAAGAAGUUCGAAAAAAGCCCGCCCCUUCUGAACGGCACUAUGGGUAAAGAUUUAAGACUGGGAGACAAGGCCAUGGACUUGGUGGAGAAUCACAUCGAAAAAGCUUUAAGUAGGGAUAGGGAACCGAUCCCUGAGAAGCCUGCGAAGAUGGAAAUUGAAAUAAAAGAAGAACCACUACGGGAUAUGCUUUAUCAGGCUGGUCUGAAGAGAAGCGCCUCCGAGGAGAUGAUGGAAAUAGAAGCGAAGCGACCUCUGCUGUUGAGUAACCUAAAUGGAUCCACUGCCGAUUCCCCAGCUCCCGAUUCCUCCAGUUCGAACGGUGACGACGGACCGUCAACCGUCUCUACUGCAGCGGCUAAAUUAUUCGCGGACAUAGCUGCGGAUAUUUUGGAAGACGAGGACGAAGAACAGCUACUCCAGGAAGCGGCCCAGCCGAGUCAUCCGCCACAGAUAGUCGCCGAACAACAGAUGCAGAUACAGGGCCAUAAUCCUCUUCAACAGAUCAUCGUCGAUAAUAGUCAGCAGGUUCUAUUGGCACAACAGAGGCAAAUCAUAGUGUCACAAGCACAGUUGCCGACUACUAACCAGAUGGUGUUCUCAACAGGAGCCACCCACCUGAAGACACAAACAGGCCAAACGGUAAUCGUUCAAAACACGUCCGGCCAACGACCAAUGAUGUUGGCACAGCAAAAUCCCGGUCAGAUCCUUCUGUCUCAGGGUCUUCAGGGCCAAAUGCAACUAGUUGCUAGCUCCCAGCCAGGUCAAUAUGUAAUCCAGACUAGCGGUGGAAGUGGACAAGGAGCGGCGUAUGUGGUCGCUCCAUCUCAGAACGCGAUGGUACACGGAGGGCAACAGCAAACUGUCCUGCUGGCUCAGACGUCACAGCAGCAAGGUACUGGUGCGAAGACAAUUAUAAUUUUGCAACAGCAACCGCCUUCAGGGUCUGCAACUCAGCAUCAGAAAGUUGUGGUGACACCACAAGGACAACAAGUUGUCGUAACUCAAGUUCCUAGGCCCGUAAUGCACACCUCCUCAGUGUCAAACAAUGUCUCUCCUGUUACCAAAGUGAUCAAGACAAUGGCGAGUAACAACAGCAGCACGACCACUAUUUCGGCGCAACAGACUACCCAUUCGUCUCCUAAUGUAAAUAUCAUAAUGACUGAUAAGAAAGAGGAUAUAAAGAAACACAAAAUUGCCAGAGAUCUCACGACGCCCUAUAUUUGCGACUGGAGUGAUUGUUAUGUAGAAAAGAGGUUCAGGUCUGCUAACGAAGUGUACCUACACGCUUGCGAGGCGCAUUGUCCUUUGGGAAGUGAAGAAAUCAUUUGUCAGUGGGAUAGAUGCGACAAUAUGAAACGGAAACGGUUCUCCCUCAUGACUCAUCUCCAUGACAAACACUGUAAUACUGAGGCAAUGAAGCAAAGUUUGUUAAAACGAAAGCAGGCAGCUCAUAGCAAACAAGUGGAGACAACGCCACCAGCAUCGACUAGUCCACAUCCAGGUUACGCCCCUGAUGCAGCUUUACAUGCGAUCAAAAGACACGCUUUGGAAUUUGUGAAUCCUAAGGAGUUACAAGAUGACAAUGAGGGUCCAGUUACGAAAAGUAUUCGCCUGACAGCAUCUCUAAUUUUAAGGAAUCUUGUCAUUUACUCCAGUCAAUGUAAAAGGUACUUAAAAUCGUACGAAUCCCACUUAGCAAACGUAGCGCUGAGUAACGUCGAAUCUUCGAGGACGAUAGCACAAAUUCUGUUCGAUAUGAACGACGGAUCGACGCACAGGUGACCUAAACGUAAAAAAAGUGACUGGAGUACAUGAACAAUUUUGUGAAGAAUUGUGAAUAUAAAAGAGAGAACUUGUGUAAAUUAUUAAAACAAAGUGUACAAAAAUAUUUAGUUGGUUAGGUCGAACGAGUAAGAUGCCUAAUUCUUAUUUUUUAUAUUAUUUUACGUAGUGUACGGAGAUAUUGGACUCGACGAGUUAUUUCUACUGUGAACACCCCACCCCCUCCUUCCCCCAACAUUUAAACUGGAAAUAUUAUAACAGAAUGUUUAUCGGUGCAAUUCAGAACUAAAUACCGCUUGGGAAAUCAUUAAACGCUAUUAG